AAUUAAAUACCAAAUAUGCUAAUAUAAAUGCAUUGACGUCACGGCCCAGUGCACACGUGCGAUUUCGCGCUAAAUUGUUCUCACGUGCUACACAUUGCCAGUUUAGCACGUGCCUGUCGUCAUGACAUCUCCGCGUGUUUGCACUACCAAGCACUAGCCACAUCCCCACACCCGAUGGUCGACUCUUCGCUGCGUCCUCGCCCCAAGUCGAGCACACUCUUCCGCACCGACGCCAACGCCUCGACGUCCCACGACUCGCUCCAGGACUCCCGGCGCGCCCGUUCAGCCCACUUCCUCACCCGCCACGCAUCCCGCCAAUAUCUUGCCGCCCAACACUUUCCCGACGCGAUCAACUUCAAGAGAUGCAACGAUGACGUACCGUCACCGCAUCGGGAGGACAACCCGGUCGUAGAUCCGGUCUCCGGCGUUCUAGCGCUGGGGAUGGACACCCAAGCCACGCCCCUCCGGAUGUCCACAUGGCCACGUGCAAAGUCUGCAAGGAGUCCGUCGAGUAAAAGCGUGCGGAGGCCUCCACAGCGAGCUAAGUCUACUGUUGUUGUCGUCGCGUCCGCGCGCGUUGCUGGAGAGAGGAGGCUGGCUGUGGCUCCUGCACGCGGUUGGGUGACUGAGCGAGGUGGUAGUGCGACGCCCGAGAUCGAGAGGUCUGUUAGUCCGGAUCUGGAGCUGGAGGAGAUUGGCAUGCAGCAGGCGAGGACGCAGGAAGAAGAUGGGAAGGCGUUUAGAGAUGCUCUGGUGGCUAAAGCGCUUUAUAGGACGUCGACUCAAAGUGCUUAUGACGACGUCCAAUGGUACAAAAAGUUGCCAGCUCGACCAUCACCCCCAGACCAUCAUGAGAGCAAACCCGACACAAUAUCAACUCGACUCAAUAUCAAACGCUACGCCUCAGCACCAGCAGGCUGGCAGGCUGUCGGUCGAGUAUGGGAUUAUGUUCAAGCGCGUGAUGGACACCACAUUCGAGGACCUCAAGCGGUCGUGUUCCACAGCUCACACAAAAAAGACAAGAUUCCCAACUACUAUGGGCAUUUGCCUGAUCAAGAAACGGCCGAGAACAGCGAGAUUCCGAUGGGACGAUACACGCAAAUAUAUCACUUGAAGCCACGACCGACAAAAACCGCUUGUAAACAGAACAUUCCAGGAUAUUGCGGUCACGUUCACUGGACUGCCAAGCACGUGACUAACAGUGAUUUGGGAUCGCCACUCAAAACGACGACAGGAAGAAUACAUAGGCCCAUCCCGUUGGAAGAAGAACAAUCGCCGUUCAGUCGUACUGGCAUUCUAUCAAAGAUGGUGACUCUUACUCACCCGUAUAAUCCUUUCAACAAAGUCUACUAACAAAACCCUAACCACCUAAUCUAUUAUUGCACAAUCGAAUCUACUGUACAGCUGGCUCAUUGACAGCAACUUAUCUACACUUUGCACCUUUGUCUCAACAUCGUGCAUACAGUUUGCGUAUCCUGGAGAGGGCGCACGUCGAGUUGACGCUAGUUUUCUACCGAGUGACAGUCAGUCUGAGUCUGCGUUGUUAUUCUAUAAUAAAGAUCUUUAGAGAAGAACCUGGA